AUGAAUUUACAAUUACUUCAACUGAAAUCAGUGAAAAAAGUUUGUUCAAAUAUCCAUCCAUCAGAAUUUGUAAUCAAUUUUUCACCAAAUGAAUAUGAAUGCAGUUUCCAUGAUAAGCAAAAUAUUUUAUAAUUCUCUAUGCACCCAGGACAGUCAAACUAACAAUUAAUCAUGCUUAUUUUUAAUGACAUUAAACCUCCAGCAUUAUUGAAACCAUUUCUUAUCCAAAGAGUUCUUCUAUUGUGUUUAAUAAGAGUUGUAGUUAUAGUCCAUACGAAUGCACCAGGGCAAACUGAACUUGAAGAUGAAGUGAGUGACUAUUGA